UUUGUUUAUAAUACACAAACACAUGUUUCUCCAUUUGCAGAUGCAAAGCAGUUAUGCUGUUGUCUGUAUCUCUAUCUUACUGUCUGGGCAACUGGCAGCGUGUCGAGGGAUAACCCACAUGGAGAAGAGAGGCUGGACCCUUAACAGCGCUGGAUAUCUGCUGGGACCUUACACACACAGAACGCUGACUGUGCGACAUGGAGCGUUGCUGGGGAAACGCGAAGACAGGGUGACUCGUCACCGCAGCAACGACCUGGGCUCCUACUUUAUGCAUUUACUCAACGUGAUCACCUACCUGCGUUUAAAAGAGAUGGGAGCACUGCAGGAUCGGCAUGGUCACCUUGAGAUGGGAGCACUGCAGGAUCGGCAUGGUCACCUUGAGAUGGGAGCGUUGCAGGAUCGGCAUGGUCACCUUGAGAUGGGAGCGUUGCAGGAUCGGCAUGGUCACCUUGAGAUGGGAGCGUUGCAGGAUCGGCAUGGUCACCUUGAGAUGGGAGCGUUGCAGGAUUGGCAUGGUCACCUUGAGAUGGGAGCGUUGCAGGAUCGGCAUGGUCAUUUACAACCUAAAUAAACAUGAUGACCAGCCCAGAACUUGUGUAUGUAAUCCAGAAACUGUAAGAUCCAGAGAGUAGUCUGCAAACAUGUUUCUCAAAUGUAGGUUUAUUCAAAGUGAUAUGCAGACAUAGAUGUACUGUAUUGCAUGUUGGACCGAAACUGCAGAAGGUGUAGAUUAAAAAAGUACCAG